AGUCCCCCGGACCCGAAUGGACGCGAGCUAGUCCGCCCUCCGCCACGACUAACCGCGCUGCGGAACUACGACAAGAGACACGGUCCGCUGCAAGCUCGUCGUUUGUGGACUCGAGUGGAAGCUCGGCGUUCGCACCACGGCCAUCUUUAUCUCCCGCAGCAGAGAGGGGGGGGGGCGGCGACGGGGGACAGUCACAAGUUGCUCGUUAAGUUCACGGUAGCUAGUCGCGUCGUUUGACGGCUAACGCUAACGGAGCUAGUCCCGCUGCUAUUCGACGUCAGUUUCAAAACAAAGCCGUGAAGUUGGGACCCGAGCGCCGCCCGCUGCCGGGACGAGCUAUCUCGGCCGGAGUCUGUCAGGCGUCUGCUUAUUGAUUCGCGCUGCUCCGCUAAUGUCGUGCACGUUUAGUUAAUGCCCGAUCGACGUGACUCCGCUGGCGUCGGGGCUCCGUGAAACCUGACGCGGGUUGAACCGACGUCGACAGCAGCCUGGGCGGGCGUCGAGCGAGACCCGAGCCCGCAAUCGAAGCCAUCGCAGUCUCCGGAUCCGCGAUUCAAAUGUCCGAGAAGAGUUCGUCGUCCGGCUCGGACGAGGACGUGGACCCGGAGUCUGGGCAGCACGUGGAGCUCGGGGGCGUCUUGAGCAAGUGGACGAACUACAUACACGGAUGGCAGGACCGGUGGGUCGUGUUGAAAAACAACACCCUGAGCUACUACAAGUCUGAGGAUGAGCGGGAGUACGGCUGCAGGGGGUCGCUGUGCCUCAGCAAGGCUGUCAUCACACCUCACGAGUUUGACGAGUGUCGUUUUGACAUCAGCGUGAAUGACAGCGUUUGGUACCUCAGAGCCGAAGAUCCUGAGCACAGACUCCAGUGGAUUGAGUCGAUAGAGCUGCACAAGGCCGAGUCUGGUUAUGGUUCAGAAACCAGUCUGAGGCGUCAUGGUUCCAUGUUGUCCCUCACCUCCGCAGCCAGUGCCUUGUCUGCCACAUCCACGUCCUCCUUCAAGAAGGGCCACCGGCUGCGUGAGAAGCUAGCGGAAAUGGAAACCUUUCGGGACAUUCUGUGCAGACAAGUGGACACCCUGCAGAAAUACUUUGACUCCUGUGCUGAUGUUGUCUCCAAAGAUGAAUUUCAGAGAGACCGAGUAGAGGAGGAUGAUGAAGAUGACUUUCCUACCACUACAAGACCAGAUGGUGAAUAUAAUCACAACAACAAUGGUAGCAAAGAGAAAUUGUUUCCCCCUGCCAGCCCCAAAGGUACGAACGGGAUUGACUUCAAGGGUGAGGCCAUUACAUUCAAGGCCACAACAGCAGGCAUCCUCUCUACUUUGUCCCACUGCAUCGAUCUGAUGGUCAAACGAGAAGACAGCUGGCAGAAAAGAAUGGACAAGGAGCUGGAGAAGAGGAGGAGGGUGGAAGAUGCCUACAAGUGUGCUAUGCACGAACUGAAGAAGAAGUCACACUACGGAGGCCCGGACUAUGAGGAGGGGCCAAACAGCCUGAUCAAUGAAGAUGAGUUCUUUGAUGCGGUGGAAGCUGCACUGGACAGACAGGACAAGAUAGAGGAGCAGUGCCAGUCAGAGAAGGUCAGGAUAUCCCGACCGUCCUCAGUUACUCCUGGAGACGUCUACUCCACCAUCGGCACACACCGAUAUGCUAACAAGCCCCAUAGCCAUUCUUCUUCCCUGUCCUCCGUCGAGCUAAUCAGUGCUUCAGAUGACAUUCACAGAUUCAGCGAUCAGGUGGAGGAGAUGGUGCAGAAUCAUAUGACUUACUCCCUUCAGGAUAUGGGUGGAGAUGCCAACUGGCAGUUGGUAAUAGAAGAAGGAGAGAUGAAGGUGUACAGGAGAGAGGUGGAGGAGAACGGUAUCGUCCUGGACCCUCUCAAAGCCACACACUCUGUGAAGGGGGUGACGGGGCAUGAGGUCUGCCACUACUUCUGGGACACAGAUGUCCGAAUGGACUGGGAGACCACCAUUGAAAAUUUCAAUGUUGUGGAAACGCUCUCUGAUAAUGCCACCAUCGUUUACCAGACGCACAAGAGAGUGUGGCCCGCCUCUCAGCGAGAUGUGCUCUAUCUGUCCGCCAUCAGGAAGAUCAUGGCGACAAACGAAAAUGAUCCCGACACAUGGCUGGUCUGCAACUUCUCUGUGGACCACAACAAUGCCGCUCCCACAAACAGGUGUGUUCGUGCCAAAAUCAAUGUCGCCAUGAUCUGCCAAACGCUGGUCAGCCCGCCAGAGGGUGAUAAAGAGAUCAGCAGAGACAACAUCCUUUGUAAGAUCACCUACGUUGCCAAUGUAAACCCAGGAGGCUGGGCCCCAGCCUCAGUCCUCAGAGCCGUGGCCAAGAGAGAAUAUCCCAAGUUCCUCAAACGCUUCACCUCCUACGUGCAGGAGAAAACUGCCGGGAAGCCCAUCCUCUUCUGAACACUAAGAGGCUCGCGAAGGGGACAUGGUUGCCCGUCCGAGAGACUACGUUGUCCAGCGCUAAGCAGGCUUUUUCUGACCCAUUCACUCAUUUGCAGACGACUACCUGCAGGACAACAUAUCAUCCACUGUACACCUGCUUGUAGAGGAGACUGGUUUUACAGCUUUAAUCCAUCAGUAGUUCUAAUCCCGGCCACAUGAAAAUCUGUGGGUAAUGGGUACAUUUGUAUGUAAAUUCAAAAGUUUGCGAAGUGGUUUUUGAAUUGUUAUUACCAAUUAUUAUUAUUAUUAUAUAUUUUUUUGUAAAUUGUUUUGUACAAUUCUUAUGAUUACAUCCUUUUUUUGUUUUGUUUUUGCUUGAAUCUCUAGUAUUACAGCUACUUGUUUUGCUGCUGCUGAAGUAACUACCACGAGUGAGGAAAGUAGAUAUUGAUGAGGUGUGGUACAGUGUUUCCUCUUCUUUCGCAUUCUCUUGUCCCUCUAGUGACGACUCUCUCUCUUUGCAGUUUGAUGGAGGGUCAGAGUCUGAAGCUUUGAAAUCUUUAUAUUUAUAGAUUGUCAUACAGUAGCUUUUAGAGAGCACCGUGGACACAGUGUAUUGUACAGAGAAAACAGACUAGAGUUUUCAGUUAGUUUACCAAUGUAAUAAAUGUGAAUUGACUGUUAAGCGCUUCAAUUUGAUGACUGAUGGUCGAGAGAAGUGGGAGAUGAAGAGCAUUUUCCACGUCUAAUCAACUUGCGCGGAGCAUUAUUUUUACGAUUUUUGGACUGAUAAUCAAUAAUUGGGAAAUUAUGAUUGCGUUGACUGUGUUCAAAAGGUACUAAAUUGUGGUCUAUUGUCAGUGUGUGUGUCUUAAAUCGCCAUGUCACACACGAUAUUUCCAAAUGACCAGUCACAGUGGCUGAUAAAGAGAUCCUCUCUUUCACUGAGGGAUGAGUGGAUACAUUUUGUGACAUUGUUUUACACCAAUCUUCAGCCCAAACCUGUCUGUUCACGAGUGAUGUUUCUAAAUCAGUCAUGCUGCUGCUCUGCAUGAUAAGAUAACGUUGUAAAAUGCUGAGUCGGAUGUCAUCUGCUCUCGGUCAGACUCGCAUUACAUUUCACACACCACACUACAGUGCAGUGGCCUCCUGCCCUUCGGCUGGUGAACUACCCCUAGAAUGCCUUAGACGCCAAGAUGAACUGUAAAAAAUGAAUAAAAAUCCUGGCUUUCUCUACUGUACAGCCACCACCAAAUGUGCAUUUAUCAACCCUGAAGUGAAGAGGGAGGGGGGAGGGUCAGCAUUUCACAUCAUCGUACCUCAAGAUUUAUGUUUGCUCUACAUUAUGUUUGAUGCCAUUAUAAGUUGGGAGUUUUGCAAUCAAUGUAGAGCUGCACGCCGAAAAAUGUAACCAUCAGAUUUGUCGGUGAUUGGUCUUCGGGGUCAGAGGUCAGGGAGGAUCUGGAUCAUUGUUUGGUUUUGCUGAUGAUUACAAGAGCUAGAUCUAUGAGCAAUGUCAGCGGAAGAAUGCAUUUAGCAUUUUUAAUUUUGAUAUUUUGUCAGUAAUCUACACUUUAUACUUUGUAUAUUUCUAAGUUGUACAUCAGAAGUGUUAUUAUUUGCACUAAAUGUAAUGCAAUUUGACAAUGUUCUGUAAAUUAAAAUUGUUACACAAGA